AUGCCGCCAGCAGCAGCAACUUCAAAAAAACGAAUUAGGGAUGAUGGCGAGUAUACCAACUCUUCAAUCAGUUUAAAUCCAAUCAAAAGGGUUCGCAAACAAUCAAAAAAUGCAACAGUUUCGGCUACGCCGACUGACCACUCUGAAGAUGAGGAUGAAAUCAUUACCAAAAUGGUCCCAAAGAUUGCAGCUUUGGAUCCGAAUUCAUUUGCAAGCUCAGAAACUAGAGAAGCACCUCAUGAUUCAAUUUCUCGUUUUUUUGGAAAAGAUGAUUUUUCAUAUAUCAAAUUAAAAAAAGAUCAUACAAACAGACCUUUAUGGAUAAAUCCUGUAAAUGGUCAUAUAAUUCUUGAAGGUUUCUCUCCUUUCACAGAAAAAGCUCAAGACUUCCUUAUAACUAUUAGUGAACCUGUUAGCAGACCAUCACAUAUUCAUGAAUAUAAAUUGACUCCUUACUCUUUAUAUGCAGCAGUAUCUGUUGGGUUAGAAACCAAUAACAUAAUAGAUGUUCUUAACCUUUUAUCAAAGAUUGAAAUACCAGAAAGCAUUAUCGAUUUAAUUAAAGCCUGUACAUUAUCAUAUGGAAAAGUAAAACUUGUAUUAAAACAUAAUCGAUACUUUGUGGAAUCAUCUUAUCCAGACAUUUUACAAAAAUUGUUACAAGAUCCUAUAAUUUCAGAGGCUAGAAUUAUGAAUAAUGAUGGAUCUAAUGAUGAAUUUUUAAAAGGUAAAGCUCCAACUGGAAAAGAUUUAGUGAUUCCCGGAGCUAAUAAAAAACAGGACAAUCCUGAAAACAAGAGCGUAAAUAAUAAUGAAAAUGAUGUAAAAAAUGACGAUGAUGGAAUAUUUAAUACUGUUGUCGAAAUAGAUAAAGAUUAUCCUAUGUUAGAAGAAUAUGAUUUCCGUAAUGACUCCAAUCUUCCUACACUUGACAUUGAUCUUAAACCUAUAACCGUUAUUCGUCCAUACCAAGAAAAAUGUUUAAGCAAAAUGUUUGGAAAUGGACGUGCAAGAUCUGGAAUCAUUGUAUUACCUUGUGGUGCAGGCAAAACCCUUGUAGGCAUCACUGCUGCUUGUACAAUUAAAAAGAGUUGUCUAGUACUAUGCACUUCUGCAGUGUCAGUUAUGCAAUGGAAACAACAAUUUAUACAAUGGUCAAAUAUUAAAAAAAAUCAAAUUGCUGUAUUUACUUCAGAUCAAAAAGAAAAGUUUGUAGGUCAAGCUGGUGUUGUCAUUUCAACCUAUAGUAUGGUAGCAAAUACAAGGAACAGAUCAUAUGAAGCAAGUAAAAUGAUGGAUUUUAUUAUAGGCCGUGAAUGGGGGUUCAUACUAUUAGAUGAGGUUCACGUUGUACCAGCUAACAUGUUUAGAAGAGUGGUAACAAAGAUAGCUGCUCAUACUAAACUUGGUCUGACAGCAACGUUAGUUCGUGAAGAUGAAAAAAUUGGUGAUCUGAAUUUCUUGAUUGGCCCUAAACUUUAUGAAGCAAAUUGGAUGGAUUUAGCCUCAAAAGGUCAUAUUGCAAAUGUUCAAUGUGCUGAAGUUUGGUGUCCAAUGACUCCAGAAUUUUAUUCAGAAUAUCUUAAAGCAUCCUCACGGAAAAGAAUGUUGUUGUAUGCUAUGAAUCCGAAUAAAUUCCAAGCUUGCCAAUAUUUAAUUCAAUUUCAUGAAGAUCGUGGCGAUAAAAUAAUAGUAUUUUCAGACAAUGUAUAUGCUUUAGAAGUUGGUGAUACUUCAAUUGAUUUACCUGAAGCCACGUGCUUGAUACAAAUUUCUUCGCAUUAUGGUUCCAGACGUCAAGAAGCACAACGUUUAGGUCGUAUUCUUCGAGCUAAACGUAGAAACGAUGAAGGUUUUAACGCCUUCUUUUAUUCAUUAGUAUCAACUGAUACACAAGAAAUGUAUUAUUCAACAAAACGUCAACAGUUUUUGAUUGAUCAAGGAUAUGCUUUUAAGGUUAUAACAUCACUUGAGGGAAUGGAAUCAACAGCUGAUCUAGUUUAUAAAACAUUGGAUGAACAAAAAUCUUUACUUACUGAAGUAUUAUUGGCAAAUGAUAAAGACGCUGAACUAGACAACGACGUUGAAUCCAAUGCUGAUGAUUUGCCAGGUUCAAUCACCAGCAGAAAUUUCAAUACACAACAAAAGAAAAUUGGCAAUGGUGGUGUAGUUAAAAGAUCUGUUGGUAAUAUGAAAAGUUUAUCAGGUGCUGAUAAUAUGGUUUAUACAGAAGUUGGUUCUGGGUCUUCUAAUUUGGCUCGUCAUGAUAAUACACCUUUGUUGGAUAACAAGUUAAAUACUUCUGUUGUUCAAUCAACUAUUGUUAAAAAUUCCAAAGAAAACAACGACGAAGAUAAGACUAAUGACAAUGGAUUAUUAAAAUCUUUUGAAGAAAACGAAAACUCUAAAUCAGUUCAAAAAAAACCUAUUUCAUUUGAAACUCUAAAGAAAAAGACCACAAAAGAAAUAAACAUUACUUUAGCCGACAAAUCUGAGUAUACAAUACCUCCUGCAAUUGCUGAAGAUGUCUUAAGAGAAAUGCUUGCAAACAAACCAACUAAAGAUUUGCUAGAAGAACUUGAGUCUGCUCCUGUAUUAACUAAUGGUAAAAGCGAAAAUAGUAGUUCUUCGAAAAUUAAAGGAGUUGGCAGUGUUAGUAUUGAUUUCUCAACAAAACAUGAAAAAAAUGAUUCUACUUUUCCACCUAAAUUCAAUUUUCCUAAUAUCGAAGAUAAAAAUUUUUUUCUGCCAAAUUUCACAAACCUUUCCACAAAGCCCUCACUUACCUCUUUUUCCUUUGGUAAUUUUUCCGAGUCAUCUUCUCAAAAUUCUACUCAAAAAACCUCUGUGCCACCACCAGCUCUAUCUUCACUUUCUGCUCGCACUAAUAUUAAUCAAAAACGGGUAACAAUUCAGCUACAUCCGCCAGUACUUGAUAAAUUUUCUCCUCAAUUGCCAUCAAAAACUCCUUCGAUAACGAUGCCGUCAAGUUCUAUAUGGCCUCCACAAAUUAGCACUUCAUCUCCAACUGACACACAUUUUUCAAAUUCUAAUUUAUUAUUUUCUCAAUUCACUGGUUCUUUCAAAUUUGAUAUAAGUCCUAAAAGUAUUUCUGGGGUGCAGAAUAAUAUAAAUACAGGUAGCUCUAAUGCUUAUUUAACUGUAUCGACAAAUCAAUCAAUAAAAAAUAUGAAAAGUUCUAAUAAAAAUAACGAUGAAAUUAUAUUGCCAAAAUUAUUAGCGUCUUCUUCAUCUAUCAAAAAAAUCUCAAUCAAGUUUGGUGAUAUAUCAAAUACAACUUUGGCCUCGUCUGUGUCCACUAAAGGACCUACAAUUAACGUUAAUAGUAAUAAUAAUGGUACACCUUCUUCUUCUUUACAAACUUCACCUCCCAGAGGUUUUGCCCAUAAUGCCACAAAUACUUUUCCCUUCUACAGACCAAUUCGUCCAUUACCUUCACGUGCCAAAUCUCCAUCAUCAACAUCAACAAUAUCUCAACAAUCUGUUCCUGUCAUACCACCAUCACCAUUAAAGGCUUUACAGACUGUUGGAAUUAGUUCAACAGCUAGUAGUGGAAUUGGUGGAGUAAUGAAAAAUGUGACUGCGAAAGAAAGAACAAAUCCAUUAAGAAGAGUUGAAAGAAGUUUUGACAACAAAUCUGUUAAUAAAGAAACGUAUAGUAUGCGACCACCGCAAACAACAUUUGAUUUCUCCUUUAAAUCAAUAACAGAAAAAUCGGCAGCGGCAGCGGCAGCAAGCGUUAAUGCAGCAAGUGCAAAGCGAUUGGCUGCUGUUUCACCGAUUCAAACGAUGAAUUCCAAGAACGAUCCUUUUUCUUCAUCAUUAUUUCUACAACAAUCACAUUCUACAGUAAUAACCAUAAAUCCACAAAAUAAUUCAAAGAAAAAAACAUCAACGAAACGUUCUGCACCUUCAUCAUCAUUAUUUAAAAGUGAAGAUAGCACGCAUAAUAACAAUCAGUAUGCUAAAGUAUUACCACCACCACUACCUCCAACUACUCCCAAAAGGUUGCCUAAUGCAGGACGUAAAAAAAAUAAGAAGAAAUCACAAUCUGUAGAUAUUCAACCUGCACAUAAUAAUACUUCAAGACGUAAGAUUAAGUUUUCGGAAAAAAACGGUGAUUGGAUUUGUAUUUUCUGUCAGUAUCGAUUAUAUUAUGGUGAUGGAAGACGAUUUCGGAGAAGAACGAAAUCAAAUAACUCAAAUAAUGGAGGAGAUGGAGGAAAUCCAGGAGAUGGAGGAAAUGUGCCUGAUAAGACUCUUGCAACUUAG